AUGAUCGAACCGGUCAAUGAGGCCCGUCAAGCUCGACAACCCCUUGAUGUUGGGAGGUUAGGUUUCGACACCAAGUUGAACUUUCUAUCAAACAUGAUGUUUUCCAGCAACAUGUUUAAUAUGAACUUGAAUCCGAAGAUGGAAGUAAAGGAGCUAAUCGGUGAUCUGAUUGAGUUUGUGGGCAAGCAUAAUGUUGCUAAUUAUUUGCCUUUCUUGAAGCCAUUUGACCCACAGGGCAUCAGGCGUGGCCUCAUGUUGUUGUAUGAGAGAUUGUGGAAACUCUUAGAUGUGAUUAUUGAGCAAAGGAUUAAGCACAUGGCCUAUGGAGUAGAUAGAUAUGGGGAUUCCUUGGAUGUUCUACUUGAUCAUACUAAAGAAAAUGGCCCGCUGGAGCUUAAUUAUCAAAGUAUUAGUGUCUUGCUCAUGGAUGUUCAGCAUGCCAAAAAAGUUGCUUCUCUUGCUACAAGAGUCUCUACCAGAAAGGUUGGGCUUUUCCUGUCAAUUCGAAGUGAAAACCACGCAAUGCAAGAGCACAAAGAGUCACGAGCCACCACACCAAUACCCAAAGAAGUUCUUGCUGCCAGAAGAGUAUCGUCAAAGUUAAUUUUGAUGUAA